AACAACAUCACCGCAUGAAUGAGAGCGCAGCGGACCGAGGCAGGGACACUGUUCACCGCCGCACAUGAACCGCGGACGAGCGCUCGGUCCGUUUGAGCUGGAUUUAUAACGCCUCACCUCACUCCGUAUUGAUCCGCAGCCUGCAGCCGCCGGAGCAGGACAUGUCACGUUGAUGUUACAGCCUCCAUCUUCGCCGCAAGAAGAAGCAUGAAGAGAUGACCGGAUUGUAGAGCUGACAGCGGAGGAGCUGACAGUAAAUGAGAGGCCGUCACCAUGCCCCCGGGGAAGUAUGGGAUGCAGGAGGAAUGGGAGAAGGAGGAGGACCAGCAGAUCACCAUGGACUUCCUGCUGCCUACCGGGAUCUUCCUCAGAUUCCCUGUGUCUCGAAACGACACCAUCAAAAACAUCAAAAAAAUGGUUUGGAAGAAUGCCAGAAGCGAGGCCAUGUACAGCGGACUGGGUGAUCCUGACGGCUACGUCUUCACCUGCAUCAAACAGACGGCAGAAAGCGAAGAACUGGAGGAAGAAUCGAGGCGUUUGAGCGACGUACGGCCCUUCAUGUUUGUUCUGAGGCUGGUGGCGAGGGAAGGCGACCGGGUGGAGAAGCUCACCAACACCCAGAUCAGCCAGCUGAUCGGCAAAGGUCUGCAUGAGUUUGAAGCCCAGAAGAACCAUGAGGUGGACGAGUUUCGGACCAAGAUGCGCGCGUUCUGCGAAGAGAAGGCUCAGGAGCGGGAGAGUUUACCGUGGCAGCAGUGGAUGGAGUACAGCUUCCCGUGCGAGCUGGAGCCAUGCUGCUCACCGCCGGACAGCUGGAGCAUGAAAUCAAAGAAGAGCAAAAAGAUUUUCGUCCAAAUCAAGUUCGAGGCUAGUCAGGAAAGCUUCAUGCUGCAGCAGGACCCUCACGACCUCCCGGUGGCCCUCAUGAAGAGCGCCCUGAAGAAGAAGGCCACCGUGUUCCGCUCUCUGCGGCAGGAACCAGAGGACUACACCCUACAGGUCAACGGGAGAUGGGAGUUCAUCUAUGGGAAACACCCGCUGUGUCAGUUCAAAUACAUUUUCUCGUGCCUGAGAAAUGGUCAGAACCCUCACCUCACCAUGACUCACUACUCCACCAUCGCCAAAUAUAAGGAGGAGCAGACCAAAGUGUGCAGCCAGGCGUCCAAGAGUCGGUCCCUGUCCAGACCUCCUCCUCUACCCCUCAAGAAGCAGAACACCUCGUCUCUCUGGUCCAUCAAUGAGCCUUUCUACAUUCACCUGCUGCAGGGCAGCCGAGUCAAUGCAGACGAAGGAAUGAAGCUGGUGGUGCAGGCCGGCCUGUUCCAUGGCAGCGAGCUACUCUGUAAGGUGGUGACGAGCUCCGAGGUGACAGUUUGCUCUGAGCCGCUGUGGGAUCAAAAGCUGGAGUUUGACAUCAACGUGGCCGACCUGCCUCGCAUGAGCCGCCUAUGCUUCGCGCUCUACGCCGUCAUCGAGAAGGCCAAGAAACCCCGCGGCACCAAAAAGAAGAAUAAGAAAGCGGAUUGUCCGAUAGCCUGGGUGAACACCAUGGUGUUCGACUACAAGGACCAGCUAAAGACUGGGGAGUUCCUCUUGUCCACAUGGCCAUCUGUUCCCGACGACAAAAGUGACCUGCUGAACCCAAUGGGAACAGUGGAGAAGAACCCCAACGUGGACAGCGCCGCCGGGCUUCUCAUUCGCUUCCCCAACAUCCGUCCACAUCCUCUCUAUUACCCUCCUCUAGACAAGAUAAGUGACAUAGAGAAAAAUGGCGACGCAGUUUAUGUCACUAAAGACGAGUACGUAAGACUAAAAGAAAUUAUGGACAACAAAAACUACACCGAGUUUUUCGAGGAUGAGAAAGAGCUCCUGUGGAAGCUUCGCACCGAUGUCCGGGACCGGUAUCCUGAAAGUCUGUCCAAGCUGCUCCUCAUCACCAAGUGGAACAAGCGUGAGGACGUAGUUCAGAUGGUGAGCUUGCUGAGGCACUGGCCGGACCUUCCUGCCAUCUCUGCCUUGGAGCUCUUAGACUACAGUUUUCCCGACCCAGCGGUCCGUUCUUUCACCAUCAGAUGCCUCAAGAAGCUCAGCGAUGAUGAACUGCUACAGUACUUACUCCAGCUGGUCCAGGUCCUGAAGUACGAGUCCUACAUGGACUGUGACCUCACCACUUUCCUGCUAGAGCGGGCUUUGUCCAACAGGAGGAUAGGACACUUUCUGUUUUGGCAUCUCAGGUCAGAGAUUCACGUGGCCUCCGUCAGUCUGCGUUUUGGCCUGAUUCUUGAGGCCUACUGCAGGGGAGACAUCCACCACAUCAAGCUCCUCACCAAACAGAAUGAAGCUCUGGGCAAAAUGAAGGCCCUGAGUGACAUCGUGAAGUCGGGCUCCCAGAAGAUGACGGUAGAGGACCUGAAGCUGUGCAUUAGACAGGAGUCCUACCUGGACGCCCUGUCAGACCUGUACUCCCCACUCAACCCCAGCAUCUUACUCCCUGAGAUCUGUGCAGAAAAGUGCAGAUUUAUGGACUCCAAGAUGAAACCACUCUGGCUGAUGUAUGUAAACCCCGCCAUCCAAGGAGACAUGAUCGGCAUCAUCUUCAAAAAUGGGGAUGAUCUUCGACAAGACAUGUUGACCCUGCAGAUGAUCCAGCUCAUGGAGAACUUGUGGAAGAAAGAAGGCCUGGAUCUCAGGAUGAUCCCAUAUGGCUGCUUGUCCACUGGAAACAAAAUGGGGCUCAUCGAGGUAGUGAAGAACUCAGACACCAUUGCCAAUAUCCAGCGUAACAGCACUAACAAUGCUGCUACCGCUGCCUUCAACAAGGACGCUUUGCUCAACUGGCUCAAAUCUAAGAACCCUGAGGACAAACUUGAGCAAGCGAUAGAGGAGUUCACGCUGUCCUGCGCUGGCUACUGUGUAGCUACUUAUGUGUUGGGCAUUGGAGAUCGUCACAACGACAACAUCAUGAUCAGGGAAACUGGGCAGCUGUUCCACAUUGACUUUGGGCAUUUCCUUGGAAACUUCAAGCGGAAACUUGGGAUCAAUAGGGAGCGUGUGCCUUUUAUCCUGACAUAUGACUUUGUCCAUGUAAUCCAGGAAGGAAAGACGAACAACAGCGAGAAGUUUGAGAGGUUCAGGGAGUACUGUGAGCAGGCCUACAAGAUCCUGUGUCGGAACGGGACGUUGUUCGUCAACCUCUUUGCUAUGAUGAAGGCAGCAGGGCUACCGGAGCUCACCUCCUUUAAAGAUAUCCAGUAUCUAAAGGAUUGUUUAGCGUUGGGUAAAUCCGAAGAUGAGGCGCUGAAGAAUUUCAAAGUAAAGUUCAAUGAAGCUUUGCGGGAGAGCUGGAAGACCAAGGUAAACUGGAUGAUGCACUCCAUGGCCAAAGAUAAUAGACCGUGAAAGAACACUGAACCAAUGAAACCUGAGGACCAGCCAAAAGAUUCAUAGAUUUUAACUUAUAGACAUGAAAAAGGGAAGAAAACAGUUGAAUAUUUUGCAUUGUGAACGACAUUCAAAGACAGACCUUUGCAAAUGUUUACAUCUCACUGGCCUGUCUGUGGUGAGUAACAGCGAAGCAGAGGCAUCCAAAGACAAUGAGAUAAUCAUGAAGCGUCAGUGCAGCGCAAAUAUUUUCACAGCGAAGGAAAUCCAUCACACUCAUCUUUCACCCAUCUGUCAGUGGAAUGUCUCUGCCUUGGGGGCGUAUCAACCCAGAUAAUAAACGUGUUUUUGAUUUUUGAAAUCGCUACUUGAAAAACCACCCGCUCAUGCAAAGUGUCAUGAAUCACUGAAACAGAAAGUUCACCUCGCCGGCUGCAUUACUCAGCAGGGAGAGAGCUGCAAACAAACUUUAUGACAACUUUGAACGACGCCGUGCAGUCGCAAAAUACAAUACCAGGGCGGCAGUUUCACCUCAAGACUUGGGUACCGUUUACAAUCCUCGAUUGCUGUGUCAUUUCCUUUCAUUUCAACUGCCUCUUUGCAAUCGUGUCUUGUUUUCUUUUCUUUUUUUUUAUUGUAUUUUUAUUUAAUUUGGUAAUUUUAAAGUAAGAUGUAAAAGACGUAAUGUGUCGUGUUGCACUGCUUCGACAUUUUAAUGUAAUAUUGCCUUGAAGUACAAUAUGUUGCCUUUGGAGUGCCAAUACACAUGAAGCAUUGUAACAUUUACAGUUUAUUGUAAAAUGAGAAAAUAUAAGGAGUUUUAUUUUGAUUAUGUGCCUGUGUGCCAGGAUGUGUUGUCCAGCAAAUCUUUACUAAACAGCUACUACACGUUGAAGGAGUAAUAUGCUAUUUUAGGGAAUAUGUUCAGUUGCCAUUUUGCUUAAAUGACAGGGUCAAUACUACUCUCAUGUAUGUCAAUGAUACUGGAGCCGCCAGCAACCUUUAGCUCAGCUUAGCACACAGCCUGGAAACAAUAAGAACCAGCUAACUUGCUUCUGCCCAGAGUAAGAGUCAAUCUGCCUGCCUGCACCUCGAAAUAUGACAUCUUAAUUAGUAAACCUUAAAGGUGCUGCUUGGCAGAUUGUUUUGUCCUUUGGACGGGGCCUUUUACUUUAUUUAUGCAAAGCCAAGCAAACGUCUCUUGGCUCCAGCUACAUAUUUAACAAACUCAAUGUGAGUGGUAUUGAUUUUUCUUUUUGAUUUUCAAAAUGUCUAACUAUUCCUUUAAUGACUGCCACUGGCAACUGGAGAAGGAAAUGAUCUCAUGCACUAUAGGCAGAGAUGCCAUACAUGUUGGGUCAAAGGGAGUGAGGCAAAAUAUUGAUUACAUGCUUCAGUAACUAGGACAAUCUGUGGACUCAUUUUAACCCUUUUGGUUGUGUUUCCCAAAAUGUGGUACCAUUCACAUGUCUCUCUAGGAAGCGUAACUCAUUUCAUAAGAUGCAGUAUGUGUGUUUGUGUGUACGCAUAUUUGUGUGGAUGUGUUCUCUGAUAUUUAAGUUAUGCAGUCUGCCAUACAUUGCAUUUUUUGGGUGAAUGUGCCAGGUGCCAUGAAAGAGAUUUCAUGCUUGUAGUGUCAAACACCUCCAUGCUUUGACAUAUCUAAUGCUGUUUGUCAGUUAAAGUGAGCCACAAUGCUGUAUGACUUCAAUGUAUGGUGCAUUCAGAUCACUUUACAUGCUGUAUAUCCUGCUGUCACUCCUGCAAGGACCACUUGAAUGAAAGCAGAUUAUAUGCCUUUCAUAGCCUCUAUUUUAUUUUGCAGAACAGUCAAAAUGGUCUCAUCUUUUUUUAUGAGUCUCAGUACAAUGAUGACUUAAAGAAGAGCAAGUGUAGCUGUAGAUUACACAGCACCAAGAUUUAAAUAUCUUAAGCUACUGAAAUAUUCACUGUGGAAUAGACUUUCAGUAUGGGUCAUCAAUGUCCCCAAAUAUGGUCUCAAGUAAACACUGUUGUGUUAAGCCAACAGGAAUGAUCUUUUGCAAAUCGUAAAAAAAAAAAUAAAAUACUGCUGUUGCAUUUGAAUUUAUGAAAUCUAUCAAAUGGUACAAGUCCUUUAAGGCUCAGGCCUGAUUUAAAUGUGUGCAGCUAAAGCAGAUAAAUUGUCCGGUCAACACAGCAGACAUGUCCUUUAACUGCACUGUGUGUUGUUUUUUUUCAAACACAUUUUGCUUUAAUGCUGUCGGGAGGGAAAAACAUAUGCUCAAUGAACAGUUUGCAACGGGAGAGCUCACUGUGGCUUUCUAGGAUGCAGGCCAUUUGUUAGCUUAAUGUUCUGCCUAAUUUUUUUGCAGCUUAAAAUAGGCUGAUUAAUCGGAUGAAGGCCAGAGCCAUCAAAGCCACUCCUACUUUCUAUUUUUCCCCUGGAGUAUCCCCCCACUAUUUUAGAGCGGUGGCCUUCUGUACAGGUCUGCAGGAGAUCACGCUGUGGAGUUUUGGGAAUAUGUCAGUCUGUUGUGCAAAAAUAAAAUAACAAUUUGAUGUAUUCAUCAGCGCAGAAUGGUCCGAUCAGGGCCCGUCUUGUUUUUAAUAAACACACUCAGUGUAGCUUCCAUA